AUGUUUCAAACUUGUUUUUUUGUUCUUCAAAUGCAACUCUCUCCUCCCAGCAUUUCCCCCUCUCUCUCACUCUCCCUCCUUCUCUAUCUCUCUCUUCUAUCUUCAUACUUUUCUUUUCUUCUCAUCUUUCUGUCUCCCUUCUCUCUCUCUCUUUCUCUCUCUCUCUCUUUCUCCCUCCCCCUGAAACUUUACUUUCUCUCGGACUUCUUUCCAACUCUCUUCUCAGAAACCUCUUCUUCCUCUCGGUCGUUAAUUUAUCUUUCUUCUGUCACCCGACCUACUUUCUGUUUCCCUCCUCUCUUCUCUAUCUCUUCUUUCUCUCUCUUUUUCUCUCUUCCUUUCUAUUUUCGCUCGCUUUCCUUUUUCUCACUUCCCUGUCUUUGUCCACACUUUCUAUUCCCGUUCUCACUAGUAUUCGUACUUCCCUCCUCUCCCCUUUCCUCUGUCUUGAUAGAUAUAUUUCUUUCUUUUCAUUCGGAGAGUUAUUCAUAUGCACAGAAGCAAAAAAAAAAUGCACCUUCCUUCCCUCACAAUGAUGCCCUCAGGCCGACCGAAUGUCUCUUUCCCUCCAUCUUUCUUUCUUUCUCUCUCUCCCUCUUUCUUUCUUUCUCUUUCUCUCUCCCUCUUUCUCUCUCUCUCUUCUUCCUUCUCUCUCUACACACACACGUACUUUUCUGA